AAAAUCCAAAAAAAAUGGAGGUUCCAUAUCUAUACAUCUCCCUCCUCCUUCUAACUUCAUACCUCUUCACCACCCACUUCCGUCGUAAAUCCGCCAACCUCCCACCGACCGUCUUCCCUGUCCUCCCAAUAAUCGGCCAUCUCUACCUCUUGAAACAACCACUCUACAGAACCCUUGCCAAAAUCUCCGCCAAAUACGGCCCUGUCCUCCUCCUCCGCUUCGGAUUCCGCCGUGUCCUCUUGAUAUCCUCCCCUUCGGCCGCUGAAGAAUGUUUCACAAAGAAUGAUAUCAUCUUUGCUAACCGCCCUCACAUGUUAUUCGGUAAGAUCGUUGGCAACAACUACACCACUCUCAUCUGGUCUUCCUAUGGCGAAAACUGGCGCAACCUCCGCCGCAUAGCUUCACUCGAGAUCUUAUCAACUCGCUGCCUCAACGAGUUCCACGACAUACGCGUUGAUGAAGGCAGGCUUUUGAUCCGUAAACUGAUGUCAAAUUCUUCCCAUGAAAGAGUGAAUAUGAAGACAGUUUUCUAUGAACUGACUUUGAAUGUGAUGAUGAGGAUGAUUUCUGGAAAGAGGUAUUUCGGUGGAGAUAUUGAAGCGACGGAGGAGGAAGGAGCGCGGUUUAGGGAGAUAAUGGAUGAGACGUCUUUGCUCGCGGGUGCUGCGAAUAUCGCCGAUUACUUACCAAUCUUGAGUUGGUUUGGAAAGAGGGGAUUGGAGAAGAAGUUGAUUGUGUUGCAGGAAAAGAGGGAUCGGUUCUUUCAAGGAUUGAUCGAGCAACUUAGAAGCUCGAAAGGGGAGACGAAGAACACGAAGAAGAAGACGAUGAUUGAGGUGUUGUUAUCGCUACAAGAAUCAGAUCCUGAGUACUACACUGAUCAAAUGAUUGGAAGUUUCGUGUUGGUCUUGUUGGUGGCUGGCACCGAAACUUCUUCUGGAACUAUGGAAUGGUGUUUGUCCCUUUUACUAAACCAUCCACAAAUUUUAAGGAAGGCACAAAACGAGAUUGAUAGAAAAAUUGGCAAAGAUCGUCUUAUUGAUGAGUCAGAUGUAGUUGACCUACCUUACCUUCGUUGGAUUAUAAAUGAGACAUUUCGAUUAUACCCUACGGUUCCUUUACUACUUCCUCAUGAGUCAUCACAAGAUUGUAUUAUUGAAGGUUACAACGUCCCACGUGAGACCAUGCUACUUGUUAAUCAAUGGGCCAUACAUCAUGACCCCAAUGUGUGGAUUGAACCUAAAAGGUUUAAUCCUGAAAGGUUUGAAGGACUGGAAGGCACAAGAGAUGGGUUUAAGCUGAUGCCAUUUGGGUCUGGAAGGAGGGGUUGUCCAGGGGAAGGGUUAGCAGUUCGUAUGCUUGGGUUAACUCUAGGAUUGCUAAUUCAGUGUUUUGAUUGGGAACGUUUAAGCGAUAAGACAAAUAAUAUGACGGAAGGCCCCGGAGCCACAAUGCCUAAGGCGGAAGCGUUGGUCGCUAAGUGUAAACCGCGGCUGGAGAUGCAAGAAGUACUUUCCCAACUUUGAAUCCUUCUUGUAACUUAUUUUUUCUUAUUCAAAUGCGAAUAAAUGAAAGUGCAUGUAUUGAUUUGUAGACCUGUUAUGUCACUUUACUUUAUAUAAAAUAAAGAGUGUAUAAUUACAAUUA